CUUCAACUUUAUAGUCAGUCGUCUUAGCCCUUCUUGACACAGUCAUCAUGAAGGCAGCAGUGGUGACCCUCCUGGCUCUCUCUCUCCUCCAUGUCUGCUCCUCAGUCCCUAUCAGCCGCCCCACCAACUGGCUCCGACAAUGUCGCGCCUCCACCAACCUCUCCAUCACAGCACUGGAGGUGCUGCCGGGCGGAGGCUGGGACAACCUCCGAAACAUAGAUACAGGUCGAGUUAUGAACCUCAGCUACUUCCAGUGCCAGACCACCGAGGACGGGCUCUACCUCAUCCCAGAUGACGUGUUUGUCAUCCCCCACAAGGAGACAGGUGUGGAGACCAACUCAGAGAUAAUCAGCUCCUGGCUGGAGCAGAAAAGCUCAACAUCGCACUCCAUAAAUGCAGAGGUGUCCUUCCUCUCGGUGCUGAACGGUAAAUUUUCUACAGAGAACCAGAGGAUGAAAACCCACCAAGUCAAAGACUCUUCAACUACGGCCAGAGUCCAAGUUCGUAACUUCAUCUACACAGUUAAGGCGUAUCCAGACUUCACUCUGGACACACGCUUUGCUCAACAAGCCAAAGAGAUAGCCGAUGCAAUUGAAAACAACCAAACAAGGAAUGCGGAAUAUCUCUCAGAGAGGAUGGUGCUGGACUAUGGAACCCAUGUUAUCACUAGCGUCGAUGCUGGCGCGACUUUGGUGCAGGAAGACUAUCUCCGUUCUUCAUAUGUGUCGGACAGUGUGUCAGAAAGUUCCUCUGUCAAAGCGCAGGCAGGCUUUAACUUUUUUGAUAAACUCAAGUUUGACAUAAGCAGUCAAAGUACACAACAGAGCUCAUCACUUCAAACUUACCAGUCCAAUAUUCAGUACUCUCUUAUCCAAAGCCAUGGCGGCGGCAUACCUUUCUAUCCUGGCAUCACUCUGCAGAAGUGGCAGGAAAGUACCAGAAACAACCUGGUUGCUAUCGAUCGGUCUGGGUUUCCCUUACACUACUUUAUAAACAUCAACACCAUCCCUGAUCUGCCACAUCCUACAGUUGGCAAAGUGGCCGUUGCAGUGAGUCAGGCCAUAGAGCGUUACUACAUGGUCAACACGCGGCCCGGAUGCGUCGACGUCAACUCCAAGAACUUUAACUUCCAAGCCAACAUUGAUGACUCAUCCUGCGAGGGCGCUGCUACAAACCUAAGUUUUGGUGGCGUCUACCAACAGUGUACUCAAGUUAGCUCAGACGCAGGACCACUAUGUGAUGCCCUGGCACAGAAAAACCCUGAAACAGGGGACUUCUCCUGUCGUUCGCCUUACUUUGCUACUUUACUGAGAUCAGAAGUGAGACAGCAGGGUUACAAGUCCUACGAUUGUCACGACCAACGCUAUCGGUGUGGGUUUUUUGGUCUUUCACAUUGCCAUCGUCAAGUAUGUCAGGACAACUACCACGUUCGCUCUGCUCGCAUCGACACCUACUGGUGCUCUGUAAGAGGACAGGCCCCAGACAACUCAGGGUAUCUGUUUGGAGGCUUAUAUAGCCCCUCUCUCCUGAACCCCCUCACCAACGCCAAAAGCUGCCCUCCAAACUUCAUUCCAGUAAAGUUUCUCUCGGAUGGCCAAGUGAUCUGUGUGAGUAGAGACUAUGAAGCCGGCAGCAGGUUCUCAGUACCAUUCGGUGGCCUCUUCAGUUGUCAGUCAAACAACCCCUUGGCAAAGGAUCAACGUCGCUGCCCUCCUAAGUUCAGCCAGCACCUCGCCACAGUGAGCGACGGCUGUGAAAUUCUUUACUGUGUCCAAUCAGGUCUGUUCACAGGUGGAGAUCUGCUUCCGGUCCAUCUGCCACCUUUCACUAAACCUCCACUUGUCAGCAUGCAAGCCACAAAUACAGUGAUGGUCAUGACUGAAGGAGAGAAGAGCUGGGUCAGAGUGGGGCACACCAAGGCGUGGAAACUGGCAAAUCCAGAGGAAAUCAAGGCAAUUGUACAGCAGCUUAACCCAGAAUUAGGUCAGAUGUCUAGUGGUGAAAAGGCAGGGGUCGCCUUCGGGGUGAUGGGUUUGAUGGUGCUGAUCAUAGUGGCAGUAGUCCUGUUGAAGAGAAGGAGGAGGCUGUCUGGGUUUAGGACAGCUAGAGGCUAUGAGGAAAUACGUAGUGAGGUUGACCGUGACGAAGGAGAGAGAGAGACACAGCAAGAUGAGGCUUGAGAAAACCAAAUAGUUUAGAGAACAGAGAAGUUAAUCUGGCAGACAGAUUGUUUUUAACUUCCUUUUUAAUUCUCACCUCAGAAAUCACUAUGAUGCUUACAUAAGCGGAAAUGUUUCACAUGUUUAAGGGCUCCUAGUUUGAAUCAGUUAUACUUUGCAUUAAUUAUUGUUCCUUUGAAAUGUCUAUGAAACCAAUCAGAAAUGCACAUUUCAACAACUACUAUAGAUAAUAACUAUACGUUUUAACAAUACAUUUAUUGGUAGACAUUUUUUUCCUGAUAACAUGAUGUGUACUUCAAGCCGUUGCUUAGAAUAAGUAUAUUUUGUAUUUUGCACAUUAAAAACUUGAUCAUAUUAUGUUUGAUCUAAGAAACGUGACUCCAGAGCAAUCGGCCUUUGAAAUCCCCAAAUAGCACAAAGCAGAAGCGCUUUCCAAAGGCCACAUUGAAUCAAUACUGCCCUCAUGUGGCCAAAAUGCAUAAUGUCAGGUGGUAAAUGAUAUAUUUUUAUACCCCAUUUAAGAACCUGUAUACCUCGUAUGUCUUUACAUUGUACCAUUCACAAAACAGGUUGUUUGAAAUUUUUAAAACAUUUUUUUUUUUUUUUUUUUUUUACAUAUAUCUGAUUAAAAUUUGUGAAAUUUUUUUUUCUAAUAUAAGAAGCAUUAGAUUAAGAAUCUACUGUGUUUUGUAUGUAACAUUUUGUCUCAGGUUAAUAAAUUGUCAAGAUUUAUAGAUGUAUGUAAAUGAAACUCUUCUGCACUGCACUUAACUACUAAUAAAAGUGGCAUUAAACAAUUUAA